ACAAAACCACCAGAGCCAAGGCAAACAUUAAUCAAAGGAAAGCACAAGUACAAAACAAAUGGCCUUCUCAACCACCUUUCCGUUACUCUUUUCCAAAUCACAACCUCUCUUCUCUUCAUCACAAGCAAACCUACCCACUUUCCAUCUCUUCCCAAACAGCCACCGUCCCAGCAGAUCCCGCCGCCCCAUCUCCGCUGUGCAGGAGGCGGAGGCGGAUGUAGCCAUUCAGUCACUUUCUUGUAAGGUUAUGGGCAGAAGGUGGAGCCGUGAUAGCUGGAAAUCCAAGAAGGCUUUGCAGCUCCCCCAGUACCCGGACGAAGCUGAGCUCCUGUCGGUUCUCAAAACCGUGGAGUCGUUCCCGCCUCUGGUGUUCGCCGGCGAGGCCAGGACUCUGGAGGAGCGGCUGGCGGAGGCGGCGAUGGGGAAUGCGUUUCUGUUGCAAGGAGGUGAUUGUGCUGAGAGUUUCAACGACUUCAGUGCCGACUACGUUCGCGACACCUUCAGGGUUCUUCUUCAAAUGGCUGUUGUUCUCAUGUACCGUAGCCAAAUGCCCGUCAUCAAAGUUGGGAGAAUGGCCGGCCAAUUUGCGAAGCCAAGAAGCAGAAUGUUCGACGAAAAAGAUGGAGUGAAGCUGCAGAGGUACAAGGGAGACAUCAUAAAUGGCGACGCCUUUGACGAGCAGUCGAGGACUCCCGACCCGCAGAGGAUGAUAAGGGCUUACUGCCAAUCGGCGGCCACUCUUAACCUUCUCAGGGCCUUCACAACAGGCGGCUACGCCGCGAUCCACAGGGUGUCCCGCUGGAAUCUUGAUUUUGUAAGGCACAGCUCCCAGCUCGGUUAUAGGUAUAAUGAAAUAGCUGAUAGGGUUGACGAGGCUUUAGGAUUCAUGGCUUCCCUACGAGCGAGUGGACUCGGAGUCGAAGAUCCGGCCAUGGCAACAACUGAGUUUUGGACGUCUCACGAGUGCUUGCUUUUGCCAUAUGAACAAGCACUGACUAGGCGGGAUUCGACCACAGGCCGCUACUAUGACUGCUCCGCUCACUUUCUCUGGGUUGGGGAACGCACUCGGCAGUUGGAUGGCGCCCAUGUCGAGUUUCUAAGAGGAGUUGGCAAUCCCCUCGGCAUAAAGGUGAGCCAGACGAUGGAUCCGAAUGAGAUGGUGAAACUCAUUGAACUCUUGAAUCCUGACAACAAGCCAGGAAGAAUAACGGUGAUUACAAGAAUGGGUGCCGAUAACUUGAGAGUUAAGCUUCCCCGGCUGAUCCGCGCCGUCCGGCGAGCUGGCCAAAUCGUGACCUGGGUCUGCGAUCCCGUGCAUGGCAACACCAUCUUGUCACCCUGCGGACGCAGAACCCGUCCCUUCGAUGCAAUCUUGGCGGAGGUGGAAGCCUUCUUUGAGGUGCACGAGGAAGAAGGGAGCCACCCAGGAGGGAUUCAUCUAGAGAUGACAGGGCAAAACGUGACAGAGUGUGUUGGCGGGUCGAACACAGUGACCUACGAGGAUUUGGGUUUGCGCUAUUGGACUUAUUCUGACCCAAGGCUCAACGCUUCUCAAUCUCUAGAGCUUGCCACCAUUGUCGCAGAGCGAUUGAGGAAAGGAAGGAAGAAUAUUAUUGCAACUCGAAGGCCCGUUUAGGGGGUUGUUUUGCUUGCCCUUUUUUUUAAUAAUGUUUAAGUUAUUUAACUUUUAAGUUGAUAAUAUGUUUGGAUAAAUUUAUUU